CAAUGUGCCGAUAAAGGCAUCAUUAUCCAGUUACCAAAUAAUGGAAAACGUGGUGUUUCAAAUGGACAAUGUGCUGCGAACUCAAACCGGGAGUACAAAGUCUGCAACACUGACCAACAAGGCGAUAGCAUGUGUGACAAAACAUGUUCGUCGCUUUCUAAUCCAAGUGAAAAAUGCGAUGGCCAGUGCAUGCAAGGCUGUUAUUGUAAAGAGGGGUACUACUCUACUGGCACUGGUCCGUGUGUAAGAAGAAGCGAAUGUCCUUGUACUUACAAUGGUCAACAGUAUUUGAAGGGACACGUACGAUCAGAAUACUGCAAUAACUGCACUUGCAGCGAAGGGACUUGGAAAUGCACGACUUUGGAUUGCGAUGCUCAUUACGCUCAGUGGGGUCGGGUAUUCACGCAGUGUGGUCGCACGUGCGAUAAUCUCGACACGUGCCAAGUUGGGUAUUACUGUCCAGCCGGGCAAGCCCUUCACGAGAACGGCACGUGCGUGGCAGAGAAUACAAGCUGUCAAUGUAAACAUGGUGAAACGUUCUAUGAUCUCGGAGAAACCAAUCCAUCAGAUUGUUCCAAAACCUGCCAGAGCAGACGUACUUGGGUGACAAACACAAACGUGAAUCCUGAGCCAAACUACGAAUGUGCCGCUUGGGGUCAAGAUCACUACAAAACAUUCGAUGGUCGCAUCUACAAUUUUGACGGCGAGCGAUGUGAAUAUAUCCUUAUGAAAGACGACGAUGUGGUAGUUACUGUUGCAAAUAAACGCUGUGAACACACCUUCGACAUGUACAUGUGCAAAGAAGUGAAAAUCCGUUUGCCCAAGGAAAACCUCCGCAUCACCUUAUUCCAGAAGUCGUAUAAGUUAGAAAGAACCAACACGGGCGAGGUGCUAAAUUCCGAUUAUGAUAACCCAUGCCACGACAUCUACGCUGGGGUUAUGUUGGAGUAUAAGGGACUUUUCGUGAUACUGAAGUUGUAUUACCUCGACUUUGAGAUAAAAUACGAUAAGGGUUCCCGUGUGUACAUCAAGUCCACGUCUUCACGACACAUGGACGGGAGCCUGCGAGGUCUGUGCGGUGAUUUUGAUGGCAAGAAUUCCCUGGAUGAUUUCGUGUUGCCAGAUAAUUCCAUUGCCGUUGAGGUCACGGAAUUCGCCAACAUGUGGGCAGCAGGUGUUGGAUGUGUCGAUGCGGCCGUGAAAGACACGUGUCAAGAUAAUCCUUCAUUAGGAGAAUGGGCUAAAAAAGGCUGUGGAGAAAUCAAGACGAACCCAGCUUUUGCUAAAUGUCACGCAACGGUCAACCCAGACCCCUUCGUGGACGCCUGCGAGCAGGAAACGUGCAAGUGUAAAUAUGGCGGCGAUUGCAACUGCUUCUGUUCAGCGGUUUCUGCCUAUGUCAGAGAAUGCAACAGACUGGGCAUAUCGUUCGCAUGGCGUAGAGAAGGAUUUUGUGAAUUAUCCUGUUGUCGGGCAUGCCGAAACGAGAGCCAUUAUACGCCAGACAUUCCAGUAACUCCAGUUUGCGAAGACGAGCCCUAUUGCAAAGGGCCUGAGCGUUGCUGUAGAGGAGAUCACGUUGAAGGAUGCAGUUGUCCACCCGAACAAUACUUUGAUGGAAAGUCUUGCAAACCUAUCACAAAAAACUGCACAAAGAUAUGUACACCAGGGGUCGGAACUCCCUCCCGAACGACAGUUGUGUUGUCAUCAACUGUAUCUGUUGCAAUCACAUCAACCAGUAUCUUUUCUUCCACUCCAAGUGUCACUGCUACAUCCUCUAGUGUAUCCGUUCCAACCACGAUUGUUUCUUCUGUACCAACUAGUAAACCGACUUCGUCACCAACGCCCAGUAGUCCAACAACAGUUCAAGUAACGCCGACUACAUCUGUCCCAUAUGUUUCAAAGUCGCCAUCGGGCUCUCGACUUCAUCGCCUACAACUUCGGCACGAAUCCCAUCAACUGCAUCGAGUCCUCAACCACCCAGCAGCACUGUGGCUCCCCCAACAACUGUCUAUUCUUCCAUUCCAGCUAGCAGCUCUCCAUCCACUAGUGUAUCGGUUCCAACACAAUUGUUUCGUCAUCUGUUACAACGGUUUCGUCAACCAGUCUUCUAUCUUCUGUCUUAACUACGGCACCUCCACAACUGCCAUCAACUGGAUUUGUUAUUAUUCAAGUCAUCAAACCUACAUCAUCAAUUCCCCAAGCUCUUUGCUGAAAUCAUCAUCAUAC